CCGCUGAGAUAAGCGACAAAUAGCAUUCUGCAGCCGUAUAUGGUAGUUUCCAAUCUAUAACCUCUGUGAUCUGUGAUGACGUGUUCCGCCAAGAGCAAUAAGGAAAAUACAGAGUUGAAUAAGUGUUGAAAAUGUUGGAUUUAUUUACAAUAUUCAGCAAAGGAGGCAUUGUUUUAUGGUGCUUCCAAAGUACCAGCCAUAUAUUAACCUCCUCAGUAAACGCAUUAAUACAAAAUGUCAUCUUACAGGAAAGGCCUACAAAUACAUAUGAAGACAACGGUCUGUUGUUGCAAUAUAAACUCGAUAACGAAUUCGAUUUAGUGUUUGUCGCUGCAUAUCAAAAAAUUUUGCAACUUAGCUAUGUGGACAAGUUCCUAAAUGAUAUACAGCUAGAGUUUAGAGACAAAUAUAAAAAUGAACUCGCAGAUAAAAGAUAUUUCCAAGGAUUGGACUUUUCCCAAACCUUUAAAUCAGUGCUUCAAAGGUCUGAAGCGUGGGGUAAGUCCCAAUCUAAGCUUCCUAAGCAAAUGAGAACUUUUGACGAAUCUGAUAAAUCGAAGAAAACAGUGUCUUCGAUGAUUGAAAGGAAAGGCGAAGAAAAGCCCACCAAGAAAGACAAGAAGAAGGAAGUGAAUUUUGCAAGCGAAAAUGCUGUUCAAGCAUCGCCUGCAUUGGAUCAACCUCAGAAUGGCACAAUUGAUGAUACUUUGGCUGCAAAUAGAGCCAAAUUUGCACAAAAGAUGGCUCAAAAGAAGAAAGGGGAUAUCAAGAAAAGUCCAAAAAGUCCCAAGGCUCAGGAGAAGGCAAGCAAGAAGCCAAGAGUGUGGGAUUUGGGUGGAACAAGCAAAGAUUUGGAAAGCUUGGAAAGAACAGUAGAUAGACCUGAAGAUGCUAAGAGCCACUUCACCCCAGACACUGAAAUGGUUGGUCAAAUGCAAGGAAGCAUCAAAGACUUAGAAGUUGAAUCUUCAGAUGAGGAAUUUGAAGAGGACGAAAAUGAAUACGUUCUUGAACAGCCAGAAUCUAAAAAACCCGCUAAAGGCGGAAUGUUCUCUAUCUUUAAAGGACUUGUUGGUUCUAAGAAUCUUACAUUGGCUGAUGUGAACCCCGCUCUAGAGAAAAUGAAGGAUCAUCUUAUUGCGAAAAAUGUAGCUUCUGAUAUUGCCAUUAAACUGUGUGAUUCCGUUGCAGCCAAACUGGAAGGAAAAGUUUUAGGGACCUUUGAUUCUGUGGCAACCAUUGUUAAGAAUACGCUUACUGACUCAUUGGUGCAGAUUUUAAGUCCAAAUAGGAGAGUUGAUAUUUUAAGAGACUGUUUAGAAGCUAAAAAGAAUAGAAGACCCUUCGUAAUGUCGUUUUGUGGGGUCAAUGGUGUUGGAAAAUCCACCAAUCUAUCUAAAAUUUGUUUUUGGUUAAUCGAGAAUGAUCUUCAAGUACUUAUUGCAGCCUGCGAUACUUUUAGGGCCGGAGCCGUUGAGCAACUUCGUACUCAUAUGAGGCAUUUGAAUGCUCUUCACCCACCAGACAGGCACGGUGGAAAACAAAUGGUACAGCUUUAUGAGAAGGGAUAUGGUAAGGACGCUGCAGGUAUUGCCAUGGAAGCCAUAAAAUUUGCUAGAGAUACUAAAGUCGAUGUAGUGUUAAUUGAUACAGCUGGAAGAAUGCAGGACAACGAACCAUUGAUGAGAGCGUUGACGAAAUUAAUCAAAGUGAAUGAGCCGGACUUGGUGCUUUUUGUCGGUGAGGCUUUAGUGGGUAACGAGGCUGUAGAUCAGUUAGUGAAAUUUAACCAAGCCUUGGCCGACUAUUCCGCUAAUACCAACCCGCAUUUGAUCGACGGCAUUGUUUUAACAAAAUUCGAUACAAUUGAUGAUAAGGUUGGAGCAGCUAUAUCAAUGACGUACAUUACAGGACAACCAAUUGUCUUUGUAGGGACCGGCCAAACCUACACAGAUUUAAAAGCAUUAAACGUUAAAGCAGUGGUCCAUUCUUUAAUGAAGUAAACGGAAUUACAAGUAUUCGAAUAUCUGAAUUUUUAUAUGAAAUAUGGUGAAAAUGUAUUUGAAUAAUGGGUACUAGAGUUGCGGUUUUGAGACCAACGCAUAUUUAUCAAAAUAAGUAUGUUUUAUAUAAUUUCUUUGUCUUUAUUCAAAAUUUCGUUUAGUUAAAUGUAAUUAGUUCAAUGCAUAAGUUAAAUUUAUUGUUAUAAAGGUGUUUGUUUUGUAAUCUUUAUUUUUUCAUUCCUUGUAAGUAUUUUAACUAUACCGUUAUACAUACAUACAAAAGUCAA